UCUUAUCACACUCUUUAACCGCAUCCGCAUAAUUUUAAUUAGGAUCAAUUGAAUUGCUUCUGAACUGAUUUGCUUUUGGUUAGAAAGGCUUUUAAAAUAUUGCAUAUCAAUAUUGGCUUGUAAAAUGUGUGGUUAAUGAAAGGAGUAUGUAAUUUAUAUUUUAGAGGCAAUACGAAUAGUUUCGCGUUAUGAAUAUUAGUAAUGUUUGAGUGCAGCUGAGUGUAGUGCCACCAUUUUUAAUUUUCAUGUUUAUUUUGUGAUCGACAUUCUGUAAUUUGGGAUCAAAACGACCGAAUGAAUAAAAGUGAUCAUUGUUUGGACUAUAUGCUACUAUAUAUUAUAUUCUUCAAUAUAUUAUAAAGAUUUUGCAUACAUUUUGUGGUUAUGCUGCGGUGAAGUAGAAAAAGUGGACAUUACGGCAUUCUACGGUUAGCUUCCGCUAAUGGCAGGUCAUGGUUGCAUUGGUAUAGGUGGAGGAGGUGGAACAAGUGGUGUCACUAUAGGCGUUGGUUGUGGUGGGGGGAGUUCAAAUAUAGGAGGGACCACCCAUGCAGUGGUCGUGUGGGAGUACGAGACAAUCAAUAGCAAGUGGUUGCCCUAUAGUCCAGAUGUCUCACAACAUUUGGAACGUGCUCAUGCUAAGAAACUGACUCGUGUUCUUUUGAGUGAUGCCGACCCACAACUCGAGCAAUAUUAUGUCAAUAUACGCACUAUGACACAGGAGUUGGAAGAAGACUCAAGCUUUUCUACCAUUGACGUUCGACGUAUGUUUUAUUCGCCUAGCUCUCCCCCCGGUAAGGGCACUAAAUGGGAGCGACUAGGAACUGCUGGUCCUGGAGAUUGGCAUCCUUUCAAUAUGCAAUUGCAGUGUAUAAUCGAAGAUGCUUGGUCUAAGGGAGAACAACGAUUGGAUCUCUGUAAAACAAGGUUUUGUUUGCCAUACACCAUAAAUUUUUGCAAUUUAACACAAAUUCGGCAGCCGAAUGGCCCAAUACGAAGCAUUCGUCGAUCACAGCACGCACCUUAUCCACUUGUAAAACUAACCCCUCAGGAAGCACAACAAUUAAAUGCCAACAUCUAUAAAGAUUUUACUACGACACGCAAUAACACUUUACCCAAAACCGCAGCCCAGUUGGCGGAUACUAAACAGCUACAGCAGCGCAUGACAUUGCAUAAUAAUGGAUUGUCCACAACUUCCUUUCCUCAUGCAAGUCGACAACCGCAACCGUUACCUCCAAUGGUAACUGUAUCCAGUCAACACAUUCCACACGCUCACCACCAGCAACAAAUAAACCACCACCAUAGCCACCCUCACCUGCAAUCAUCUUCUUCGCAUGCGCAGCCUCAACAUCGCAAUAAAUCACACAAAAAAAACAGCGAAAUAUCCACCACCAAUUUGCGGCAUAUUCUCAACAAUUUGAACAUAUUCGGAAGUAGCACAAAAAGUAACAGCCAGCAUAUGAAUAACAAUAGCAGUAUGGCCCAGACUUCAACCUCGAAUCAUUUAGGCAUGCAGUUCUCCCAUUCCAAAACCCCACUAACUGCUUCAAUGAAAAGUCACCACAGCCGUUGCUCGGAUGGUUCCUUACAGUCGCACCGCAGCAGUCGUUUGGGCUCUCACCGGUCUCGUUCACGCACACGUGCAUCGGAUACAGACACAAACAGCAUGAAAUCUACACGGCGUCCGAGUGUUGACACAGUUUCCACAUAUCUCUCGCACGAAAGCAAGGAAAGUUUACGUAGUCGUAAUUUCGCCAUAUCUGUUAACGAUCUGCUUGAUUGUUCUUUGGGCAGCGAUGAAGUAUUUGUACCAUCGUUGCCACCAUCUUCUCUGGGCGAGCGUGCACCAGCACCUCCUCCACUACCACAUCAUGUGAGCUCUAUAAAUUUAGCGCCCUCUGUAGGUACCGCUGGUGGUUCUGUUACAGUAGUAGCUACGCUUCACAAUACUCAUCAACACCAAUCUCAGCAACAAUUAGCAUCAUCAACACAACAAUCAGCUAUUGCUGGCGCGAUUGUGGGUGUGGAUCCAGCAAGUGAUAUGAUAUCUCGAUUCGUUAAGGUGGCAGAGCCGCCCUUGUGGCCAAACGCCCAACCGUGUCCCAUGUGUAUGGAAGAGCUGGUGCAAAGCGCACAGAAUCCAACUAUUGCCUUAACUCGCUGUCAGCAUUUAAUGCAUUUACAAUGCCUCAAUGGCAUGAUUAUAGCACAGCAAGGUGAAAGGAGCAAGAAUCUCUUCAUUGAGUGUCCAGUGUGCGGUAUCGUUUAUGGUGAAAAAGUUGGUAACCAACCAAAUGGCACUAUGUCAUGGAGCAUCAUUAGCAAAAGUUUGCCAGGCCAUGAGGGUCAGAAUACCAUACAAAUUGUUUACGACAUCGCAUCUGGCGUACAAACCGAUGAACAUCCACAUCCAGGUCGAGCUUUCUUCGCUGUUGGAUUUCCGCGCGUGUGUUACCUACCCGACUGCCCGCUUGGUCGCAAAGUAUUGCGCUUUCUAAAAAUUGCCUUCGAUAGGCGUCUCUUAUUCUCGAUUGGCCGUUCGGUUACCACAGGUCGUGAAGACGUCGUAAUUUGGAAUAGCGUGGAUCACAAAACGCAAUUCAAUAUGUUCCCAGACCCAACGUAUUUACAACGUUGCAUGCAACAAUUAGUGCACUUGGGUGUCACCGAUUGAUGGACGCCAAUGAUGUAUAAAAAUGGUAUAACUAAAUACGAAAUUAGAUUUAAAAUAUUUUAGUUAGUGUGCAAUUUGAAAGUGUUUCAAAGUAAGUUGCGUUCGAGUAGCUCGAACUUUAAAUACCCAAGUGGUUUCCAUUUUGUGUCAAAUGUAAAGUGCUGAAGGCGUCAUGCAUGCAUAAUUUUAUAAGCUUUAAAAUUGUAGGUUUUAAAAAUUUACUAGACUUCCUUGAAUGUUCUUCCAUAUUAGUUUCUAGUUUUAGAUAGUAUGGAUGUAUUUAAUAUCCAAAUUUGCUUAUGAUUUACUAUGAAGCAAUUUUUAAUUAUUUCGCUAGGUAUUAGUAGCAAUUCAAUGAAUAUAUAUAUAUACAUAUGUAUAUGAAUAUGUCUAUGCAAUAAAAUAUAUGUAUUUAAUAUAAUAAUUUAAAUUAUGUGCCAACCUAGAGAGUUUAACAAUUCAUCGGCAUUAUCAGUUAUGGCUGCACUUGAUAGUGUGACGACACAUUCCUUGUAAUGCCUAAUUAGGGUGCGAUAGCGGCAAUUUAUUCAGCACUUGCUUUUCAUCAAUUGUAUAGCGGAAGAAGAUGCCGUGAAAGAUUUAAAUUUUUCUAUAAAAGAUUUCAUAUUGACGAUAUUCUGUGCUAAAAAGUCGCUGUCGCUUAUCUCAAGUAUUGCCAAACGGAUAAGUUUUCUUUUGGAUAAUAGUCGAAAUGUGUUGUUAAAAUUAAGGGAAUCUCUUAGGAAAUUAGGAACCUCCUGUUCCUCUCCUGUCGAGGAGUAGAAUCAAAUAAAAAUUUGUGAUUUUUUCGGUACGAUUCUAUCGUUUCGUUUUGGGCGUUGAGAAAAACAAUUGGCUAUACAUAUGUACAUACAUACAUUGUAGAUUCAAACUUCAUGCUUUAAAUGGUAGAUGCAUUUCUAAAAGUGUAGCAUAUAAGAUGGCAAGUAGAACUGAUUAGCUAGUUUUAGUUUUUCUAUUGAAAUUUUUUAUUUAAUAAAAUUGAUGCAAACAUGAUCUUUAGCUUAUUUUAUUGAUUAAGU